AUGUACACAACGAACAAUCGCUCGCUAACCUACCACUACAGUUCAUUAAAAAGUGCCAAUAUGAAACACCAAUCGGUCAUUUACGGCGCGUUACUGAUCGAAAUCGCGACGAGCAUAUACAUGAAAAUCCCCGUGAAGAAAUGGGAAAGAACCUGCACCAACCAGCCGGACUGUUCGCUGAUCAUCUGCCCGAAAUUGAACUGCAAAUCCUGGCAGAUACCGAUCCGCCGGCCCUGCGACUGCUGCGCCACCUGCGAGCCGCCCUUCUGCCGCUCCCCGGAGGACUGCUCGUUCGACUUGUGCCGCCCGCUCAACUGCCCCGCCGGCGAGUCGCCCAAGAAGCUGGCCUGCAGCUGCUGCCCCAUCUGCCUGCCCGCCGACUGCCGCACCCUCGACGAAUGCCGCACCGUCCGCUGUCCCGACGCCGCGCUCGCCUGCCCGCCCGGCCAGGCCCCCAAGACGAUGCAGUGCAACUGUUGCCCCGAAUGCGCCCCGCCGGCCUGCAACGGCACCGUGGAAUGCGCGGUGCAAGCGCACAAAUGCCCCGACGUGAGGUGCAAGUACUACCAGGAGAAGGUGUACCUGCCGUGCAAGUGUUGCCCGGUGUGCGUGCCGGCGCAGUGCAACCGGGAUUGCUCGUUGGCGAGCUGCGGAAAGGUGAAGUGCCAGCCGGACGAAACGGUCGUCAAGCACCCUUGCCGGUGCUGUCCCAAGUGCGUAAAGGCGUUCGACGGGUGCGAGUUCGCGCGGUGCGACGAGUCGUCCUGCCGGGCCGGCUUCGUCAGCAGGAAGUUGACGGGUUGCUGCGCGGAGUGCGUGCCGCAGGGCUGCAAGGGGCCCAAGGAGUGCGCCGAGGUGUUGUGCUUGAAGCCGAGGUGUUCGAGCGACGAGGUGUCCAUCACGCCGUUGUGCGAAUGUUGUCCGAUUUGCGUGAAAGUGUGA